CUAGACUAUCAAGUUCAUCCAUCACGACUACUUUCAUCAUAGAUUGGCGAGCCAUGGCACGUACAAGUAUAAAAAUAGUUACACGAGGCAAUUUUGGCCACAAGGUUACGUUCAACCGUCCUAUCCAUCACAAUUAGAAAAUCCCCUCACCUUGAAUACAGCUCAUCAAACACUCACAAGAACACCCCCCUUUUCCUCUCUCCUAAUUUUUACCUCAUCAAAUGCACAUUUGCUCCACAUGUACAAUCCAUUCACAUCCAACAUAGAUAACCACACAAAGCUUUCAUAACCCAUACAUAAAAGAUUCAAGACCACUUCUCCAUCACGCAACACUUAACCCUCCCAUCCCCGUCUCUCCCAAUACUACGUACCUCAUCCAUCCCUCGUGGCAAACUACCACCCUAAAACAAGCUUAAUGACUCAAAAUUACACACCCCUCAAACGCGGAAUGCCGCCGUUCUGUCCUAUUGCGUAUCUGUCUCAUCCUAGGUCCUCGACAAACAGCUCAAGCACGCCUAUAUGGAGGACUAUUCAUAGACUGAACCUGAAACUUGACUCGAAAUCCCAUGCAUGACAAACAGCA